GGUAUGGCCGAAGUAAAGCUGGCCGUGCUAGGUGGUAGCGGAGCCGGCAAGUCGGCGCUGGCGGUGCGGUACCUGACCAGGCGGUUCAUCGGAGAGUACGCGUCCAACGCCGAAUGCAUCUACACUAAACACCUGUGCCUUGAUGGGAGGCAGAUACACUUGGAAAUUUACGACCCUUGUUCACAGCCACAGCAGGGGAAGCUCUCCCUCACAGACAAGCUCCACUGGGCUGAUGGAUUUAUUAUUGUUUACGACAUCAGUGACAGAGCAUCAUUUGCAUUUGCAAAAGCAUUGCUGUACAGGAUCCGAGAGUCUCACAUAGGAGCUUGUAAAAAAAUGAUUGAGUCAUCAGUAUUUUUGGUUGGCAAUAAACAGGAUUUAUGCCACAUGAGGGAAGUUGGCUGGGAUGAGGGACAGAAACUGGCAAAAGAUAACAAGUGCCAAUUCUGGGAAUUGUCUGCAGCAGAACAUUAUCAAGAAGUUGUGGCAAUGUUCACAAAAGUCCUGAAGAAUAUCACAUCGAAUUUCAAAGUCAAGGAAAAGAGACGACUAAGUGGAUCAAAGUCAAUGGCCAAGUUAAUCAACAAUGUGUUUGGAAAAAGAAGGAAAUCUGUGUAA